UAACACCUUCUACUUGUUUACAUUGUCCAUCUUGGCGUAAAAUAUACUCCGCGCUCUCGAUUUGGCGGUAUAAUGCGGUUAGCGGCACUAAGAUCAGAUUUUCCUUUGGUUUCGGAAUCUUUGGGAAGAAAUAAUAUUUCUUAUUUAGGUCGAAGAGAUGAAGUGUACUACACCAGAGAUCUCUUGGCACAAUCGAGAUCCAGUUUUGAGCAUCGACAUACAGAAUAAAUCGUGUGAAACAUCUGCGGGUGAAGAUUUUUGGCGUCUAGCCACUGGAGGAGCUGAUUCUCAUGUUUUGAUUUGGCAUCUUUUGUCGUGCGAGAAUAGUGCGACAACAAUAAAAUGUGUAGCGGACUUGGAACGACAUCAAAAGGCAGUAAAUGUUGUCAGAUUUUCACCAUCUAAAGAAAUUCUUGCUUCAGCGGACGACGAAUCUGUCAUUAUUUUAUGGAAGCAAAAGGAGGAAUGCGACUUUUUUAUCUCUCCCGAGGACAAUGAGAAUAAGGAACAGUGGAGUUCAUGGAAAGUCCUGAGAGGGCAUUUAGAGGAUGUUUACGAUAUAUGUUGGUCGCCAGACUCUACUUCCAUAAUAUCAGGUUCUGUAGAUAAUACAGCAAUUCUAUGGGAUAUUCAUAAAGGUCGUACCAAUGGUAUAUUAUCCGAUUCAAAAGGAUUCGUGCAAGGCGUUACCUGGGACCCUUGUAACCAAUAUAUAUGUACAAUGAGCAGCGACAGGCAGUGCAGAUUAGUCGAUAUCUCUACGAGGAAGACUGUACAGCGCGUUCACAAGUCCAUUAUUCCUACACCGCUUGAUUAUCCUUUGCGAGACAAAACAGUUCGUUUAUUUUAUGACGAUACAUUUAAGUCAUUUUUCAGAAGACUAACUUUUUCUAUAGAUGGAACAUUAAUAAUCGUUCCAUCAGGCAUAAUAGAGCCGCAAGAUACCAUAGAGAAGACAUCAAAUGCGACAAUUGUCUUCUCUAGGCAUAACUUGAAAGAGCCAAUAAUGAUUCUGCCUUCCUUGGACGAAUGUACAAUAGCAAUUCGAUGUUGUCCUGUUUAUUUUGAACUUAGAAAAAAUGGACCCACUCCUACGAUAGCAUUACCUUAUAGAAUAAUAUUUGCCGUUGCAACGCAACGUUCAAUAUUAAUUUAUGAUACUCAACAAAUUUCUCCGAUAGCCGUGAUAUCAAAUAUUCAUUAUACCAGAUUAACCGACAUUGCGUGGUCUAGCAAUGGCCGUAUCUUAGUUGUAUCUUCUACGGAUGGUUAUUGCUCGAUAAUACAUUUUUCGGAGGACGAACUAGGCCAUGUGCAUAACGUCAAAGAUACGAAUGCAAUGGACGUUGAUGUAACCAAAUAUAAAGAAAUAAAAGCGCAAAGUAGGGAUGAUCAAUGUGAAGAAAAUUGUCAUGAAAAUGACGAUAUAAUGGAGCGGAAUAAUUGCAAUUCAUCGGAGUGCAGUUUGGCUAAAGAUCAAUGUGUUAAUAAAAGUGAGGGAACGAUAGAAGAAACCGAAGAUAUUAAAUUAGUUUAUAAUGAAGAGAGCGACAAUGAUACAAGAUCAGGAAUUAAAAGGAAUACGCCUAAUAAAAUAAAGACAUCUUCGGUAAUAUCGAAAAAGACACCGCGAAGGGUGAAAUUGAUAACUCUUUCCAGUUCCAAAAGAAAAAAAUAACUAACGUCAUUAACUCCAUUCAUUUUAUCAAGUUUAUUAUGUAAAUAAGCCGAAAACGACUAUAAUAUUUCUAUUAUUUUUCUAACACUUUUCUAUAAUAAUUAGCAAAAUAUAUA